AUGGGUACUCACAGAAAUUCUUACCGCUUACCAAACGACGUCUAUCAAACGGCCAAGAUGUCGAAAUUGCUGUUGCUGAUGGAGAAAGGUGAAGCAGGUCAGUUCAAAGGUAAGUCCUUAGAUGAAAUUGAGGUAGAUUUGGAGGAUGUGGUCGAUUGUGAUAAAUCUGAUCAAGAAAAUGAAGGAUUGGAAGAAGUGCUUGAAAUUGUCGAGCCAACGAACCAAAUGGAAAACCCUACCGAGGGUAAAGCAAAUGUUACUACAACUACGUCGACGGCACAAAUUCCGAGUAUAAGUACCGCAGCUGACAACAAAUUUUCUAAGAGAAAAAGGGAACUUGUUCCAUGGACCGAAGAACAAAGAUCUGCAGUUAAAACAUUUUUUUAAAACCAAUAUUAAAAACAAAAUACCCCCGAAGA